GUCUCAGUGCGGCGGUUCCUCGGGCUGUCGGCUGUUUUUGCAAGUCCGGAGACAGCCUCUUGCCUUGCUCUUGGGACAGCUGCUCGCCACGGGGCUAAUCCAGGCCGUGAGGGCUGACGAAGCCCCGCCUUCAUUAGCAGGUAACUUGGCUGGAAGCUGCCAUCUGAAAUCAGCUUGCUAGCCAACAGUUGCCUUUGCAAACAACGACAAAGCAGCGGCCCCCAACCUUUUGGGCACUGCGGAGAAAGAAGGUUAUGCAGCCAAGUUAUGUUGCAGAUGGGACAACAGUGGCCCCAAAUAUACGUGGAUGUGCAUUUCAUAGGAAGAAUUUAGGACUGCAGUGAUGGAUUGCAGGACUGAUAAACCAAAUCCAGCAAAUUAUAGAAGAUAGUACUAGCUGUAAACAGUUGAAGAUAAUGAAGAUAAUGCAUAGUACGGAAUCAGCUUGUUUCUGCUACAUUCCAAAUGGAGCAAUGUACUUACAAAAUACUUGGUCAAGUAUUCAGGUGUUCACAAACAGCACUGGAUUAUUUCAAGUGGUGUAUAUCCCAGAUGAACGUGACUGCCAAAAUUCCGAACAUUUGCUCGAUUUUUUGAAGUGCCUGAUUAGCAAUAUUUGGCAGCCUAGUGUGUCUAAUCAAACGCUCAUAACAGUGGACCAGUAUGUUGGGAAAACAUGUUUCAGGAUCGAACCAACAAAUAAAAUACUCUACACUGUGAGAGUACAACAAAAGAUGUUGGAUAGCAAACUCGUUCUGUUAUUUGUUGCUGGUGGACUUCUUUUUCAUUUUGCCUUUAACCUGAGCAGAAGUAAUAUCUUCUAUUAUUGUGCUGGGAUAGCAUUUGGCAUUUUCAUACCUCUAGUGUUUCUCGUUUUCAUGCUUAAAAGGUUUAUUCCCAAGCUAAGUACCUUCUGGAUUUUAAUGAGUGGUUGCUGGUUCUCUUCUCUGUAUAUGUUCUAUGUUUCGAGAGAAAAACUGAAAUGGAUGUGGAACAAUUCUCCAUAUUAUAUACUGGGGUAUAUUUUAUCAGUUGGAUUGAUCUCUUUUGCUAUUUGCAAGAAGCACGGGCCACUCGGCAGCCAGCAAAGUAUGAACCUCUUGAUGUGGAUGUUGCAGCUGAAAGGCCUGAUCUUAAUUUAUUUUGGCAUUGCAAUCCCCUGGGUUGCCUAUGCAGUCAUAACUGCUAUGCUCUGUACAAAACUCCUGCAUUAUCCCCUUCAAGCAUCCUGCUAUAUUGGCAAAAAAGCUGCUCAGUAUUUCCACCCAGAAAAAUUGGAGACCCGUUAUCUGACAGAAGACGAAUACCAGGAACAAAGAGAAACAGAGACUGUGAAGGCCCUGGAGGAGCUGCGCAUAUUCUGUAGGAAUCCCACUUUCCCGUCCUGGGUAGCCGUGGUCAAACUGCAAUCCCCACAAAAGUUUGCAAACUUUGUUCUAGGUUCUCCUCAUGUGUCUGCUGAAGAAACGACAGCCCAUGAGGCACAGUAUGGCAUCGGAGGAGCCCUCCUAGAGCAACAGCUUUUCCAGCCAGAGACUGAGGCAGAACUAGAGCCCCAUAAUGCUUCUCCUGAGGUGGAGGAGAGAAACAAAGAGGAGGGACUGAGACUGUUACAACCAAACCUCCGGCACUUCCACAGUAGAGAAUUUCUUUGAGCUGAUGCCCAGGUCAGCGGAAACAUGUAAUAACACACCUUUUAACCUGUAGAGGGCAGUCAAGACAUUUUGAAGGACUUAACCAUGACUUCAUUGGUUUCCAGGAAGCAGUUAAGUUUGCAAAGCCAUCAUGCCUAGGGUUAUGUAAGGAGAGAAUCCAGGCACAUCUGAACAAUACCGGACUUAGCCAACGUCUCUGCUUAGAGGAACAAUUUGCUGAAGGUUUGAUGAGGCAGCCUGUGGAGGGCAAGGAAUUCCUCUCAGUUGCUCUGCCAAUUUACAAGGUUCACUUUACAGCAGUCUUUCUUAUUUGCCUGAUCUGUUGAUUUCUAAGUUUGCACAUUAACCCAUGGUGUGCUUAACUCUCAUUUGCUGAGUUCACGGAAACACAUUUAAGCCAUAAUUUUUGGUUUGUAAAACACAACAGCUCCAACCCAACACACAAUCACAUUGCUUGGGACAAUCCAGUGACGACAACUGAAGUUGGGAAAAUGAGCUGGGAAGUUGAUGUUACUGGCGAUUAACCACUUUAUGCUAAUUAUUUCUCUCCAGUAAUUGGGAUAAGCUAAAGCUGUGUUGUUUCAGCAUAGUUUGCAAAUAAACUGAGCGUUCUAGAUAUUACAGAUGCCACAGAGCACUCAUCUUUAGAAGAGCCAAGGAAAAUGUUGGAGCGUAGUAGUAGUAGUAGUAGUAGUAGUAGUAGUAGUAGUAGUAGUAGUAGCAGAAGAAGAAGCAGCAGCAGCAGCAGCAAUAAAAGCAAAGGUAAUAACAGGUACCUGGCGCAGAAUUCCAAAACAUCUGGAGCACCACUUGAACACCAUUGGAAUUGACAAAAUCACCAUUGGUCAGUUGCAAAAAGCAGCUUUACUUGGAACAGUUUACAUCUUGCAACGGUACCUUUUAAUUUCAUCAAACACCAUCUGUCUAUCCCAAAUCUUUGGAAAGGACUCAAUAGGUGGAUAAAAAUGCCAAAUCCAGUCUAAAUGUCCGGCAGAGUGUGUGACCAACAAAAAUAAAAUGUAUUAAAUUAUAUGCCACCCAACUCAUAGUGACUCAAAGGUUAGUAGCACAAGUGGGACAGAACUAGUGUUUACUCCUGUGUACAUGAAGCCCUAAAUCCCAGUCGGGAUCACUGCCAAAACCUUCCAAGUCCACAAGAGGGAUUGGCAUUGCUCCCGUGUUUCUGCAGAUUGCAAGAUCUUUUGGUUGGUUAUUUGUUGCUUGACAUUUUGGUCUUUGGCCAACUGUUUUUUUUUCUUGGUUAUGUUUUAAUGUUUUUUUCUGUAACAUGGUGUCCCUAUGGAGUCAGGCAGCCUUGAAACUGAAAUACACAAAUGAACGUAUGAAAGGCUUAGAAGCACAAAUCUGCAAGGAAAGACAGUUAACAGUUACUUUGGCUCCAACAGCUGAUUUAGGAUGGAGGUCUGAAGCUUUGUUCUUGUUUCAUUUAGAAGAAGCUUGAUUUUUCUUUUGAGGCAACAGGCCACCAAAAGAAUUGUGUAAUUAUAGGUUACCAGGACUCUGAUUUUCCUUACAUCGCUCCUUUGGGCUAGGUAAGCAUGCUAUGAUUUUCAUAGCAGCUCAUGAUUUGGGAUGCACUAUCUUAAGUCUCUAGUCCUCAAAUUGAAACAAUUCACCAAGAUUUCUGUGCACAUAACAAGAUCUUAGAAACAUGGAAAGGGAACCAAGGAGAUCUUGUUCUUUAAUUACUAAUCACUUCAUAUUAGUCUAGCAUUGAAGACUGCAUGAAGUUUGCUGUAAUGUAAUCAUCUCUCCGAUUAACCUAUACCACUGGCUUUUGUGAAGAUUUAAAAAAUGGAGACACCAUCAUUUUAUAUACCUUAAUUUUUUAAAAAACAGUAAAUGUAAACAGUAACAAUGUGUAUGAGUGUCGAUUGAUGCAUUGCUGACAGAAUGCACUGUAGAGUAAGAAGAGAACUGCUUGGAUUUUGUAAAUCCCAACCUGUUUUUAAUAUUCACUUUCAAAUAAAAUGAGCCAUUGUAAA